AUGGCGACCUCUGACCAUUACCAAGGCGCAGCCAUGUCUACUGACAACCAAGAUCUAGUCACAAUAUCCCUUACCCACCAUGGCAAGCCUCAUACCUUCUCCCACCCUAGAGAUGCAACGAUAUCCGACCUGUCCGAUUCCAUCUCCUCUACGCUCUCCGUCCCGGCCUCCAACCAAAAACUAUUAGUCUCCCAGCUCGGUCUGUUAAAACCGCCCUUCAAGGACCCGACACUCGCUCUAUCCAACAUCUCCGGAAAGAAGAUAACCCUCAUGGGCAGCACGGCCGACGAAGCAACCGCCAUUGCGACAGCAGCAGAGCAUGCCUCCCGGCGCGCAACCCGGCGAGGCCUCCCCAAUCAGAGGGUCUCGGCCUACAAAACGCGUGACUGGAAGAAGGAGCAGGAGGAAAGCCAAUACACAUUCACAACCUUGCGACCACUCCCCUAUCUACCAAAUCCCCAGCGUUCCUUAGCAUUUCUACAACGGCUGAAGGAUGACGCGGGAAUCAAAACCGCAAUGCGGAAACAUAAAUUUACCGUCCCUCUGCUGACGGAGAUGAACCCAAUCGAACACACACAAUCGAAUCACGAAGGCACCUCACGGACGCUAGGAUUAAACAGGAACCAGGGAGAGGUGAUCGAGUUGCGACUUAGGACUGAUGCGUAUGAUGGAUACAGGGAUUAUAAGACAAUCCGGAAUACUCUCUGCCAUGAGUUGGCGCAUAAUGUGCAUGGGCCUCAUGACCGCAAUUUUUGGGAUUUGUGUAAAUUGAUUGAGAAGGAGGUGGAGGCUGCGGAUUGGAAAAGUGGUGGUAGGGCUGUCGGGCAGGAGGAGUUCUAUGAGGGGGGUAAGGAUGAGGACGAGGUUGAUGACCAUGGCGGAUGGUCAGGGGGCGAGUUUGUGCUUGGUGCUAGUCGUGAGGGAGGGGCGGAGAGUACAGGGACGAAAGUGACGCAGGGGUUUAGUAGGAGGGAGAUUCUAGCCAAGGCAGCGGAGGAGAGGAUAAAGAGAUUGAGGGAGCAGCAAGGGGGCGAGAAUACAGGAAGUGGUUCGAGUUAA